UACAAAUAUCUACAAAUAUCGCGGUCAAUGUUCGUUCACUGCAAAUAAUCCUUGUAUUCUUGUCUGAGAAAACAAAUCCAAGUUGUAAAAAGCUAUCAAAAUGUUGGCUUUAGCACUGACCGCCGAGCUGAAUGGCGUGACCGACCUCGUGCCCGACGACACAAGCGACAAGCCUUUCUAUUAUACAUUUAAGGUCCAAUGCACAUCCUGCCGUGAGGUUCAUCCCAAUUGGGUGACGAUCAGCCGUUUUGAGCAAAACGAGAUCAGCGGAAGCCGUGGCGAGGCGAACUUCGUGUGGAAAUGCACGUUAUGUAAAAGAGAACACUCUGCAACCAUUCAGAAGGAACCCGCUCCCUACCCACAUUCAUCACCACCAAAACGGCAAAAUAUCCUGGAGUUCGACUGCCGAGGGCUCGAGUUCAUCGAGUUCAAACCGGAUGGGGACUGGAAAGCGUCGGCGACGGAAACGAAGUCACGGUUCACGGAAAUUGACCUGACUGACGGCGAAUGGUAUGAUUAUGAUGAGAAGGCGAAGGAGGAGGUCAGCAUUAAGGAUUUGAAGUGGGAAAUCAAGCGUGCAUGAGCAUAUAGUGAAUAUUAUAUGUCUAUAACAUGUCAAGUAAAGUGC